CCUGGUUGAUGGCCGCGCGAGCAGUGUCACCGCGCUAGAAACACAACUUGUGCAAGCGGCCUGCUCGCAGACAAAGAAAGUGCACCCCGUGUUCGUACACGUGAGAUAGACGGAUUUGCAUCGGAUACACUUGUGAUCGAAUUAUUUUACUGUGCGUGAUAGUGAUGAUGCACCUUGUUCUGUGAACGGCCCGGGGGUCCAAAAUGCCGGACUGCUGCGCCGCAGCGAACUGCAAAUGCACGGAUGAGUCGAGCGUCGCCUUCUUUAGGUUCCCGCUGGACCCACUCCGAUGUAAACAAUGGCUCGACAACUGCCGCAGACCAGACCUUGAGAAGAAAACACCUGAACAGUUACACAGGCUCUACAAACUCUGUGCGAAACACUUUGAGCCCUCCUUGAUCAGUAGACAUAGUGCUCUGAGAACAGUUCUGAAAGAAGGUGCUGUUCCAACCAUUUUUGACUUCACAAGCCAGUUGAACAAAUCACAGAGCUGCAACAGGAAACGAAUACGAGACCCUGCGGAAGAGGAAUGCGUGACUCCAAAAAAACCAAAAGAUGAGUCUCUCACAUCUGAAACAAAGGAGCUCUCGGGAGAGAGCAGUACAACAUGCAAUUUGGAACAAGAAGGCACUGAGAGAGAGACAGUCUCUACUUCUAAAGCCAAGGAAACUCUAAAAUUGUACUUUAAGGAGGUUCUUGCUUUCACUGCAUUUAGCAUCAGAAAGGAUGUCAAUCCUAAAGUUGUAGAGCCCAUAGGGAGCCAUGGAGAAAUGUCCAACAUCAACCCAAUUUGUGCUGAAAAAAUUGACCAGAAAGAAGUGCUGCAGCUAGCUGAAGAACUCAUGGGAAAUGAGAUGCGCAACAGUUUGAGGUCUGCUCGAUUCUUCUCCAUCCUGUUACAGGAUGUGGCUAAGAUUGAAGGGAAGGAUCAGAUACCUGUCUUUAUCAGAUCUGUUACUGUUGCAGGGUUUCCUCAAAAGCAUCUGCUGAGCUUUUUGCCUUGUGAUGUAGAUGCGGAGGGUUUAGCUUACAUGCUUUUCUCAGCCAUACGCAAUAAGUGGGGCCUGCGGAUGGAACACUGUCGGGGCCUUACGUACCUGACCACUGGAGACAUCUGCCAGAAGAUGAAAGACCUGUCUAGCAGGAUACUUCAGGAAUUUCCCCAAGUAGUUUUGGCACCCAGCGAUCCCUAUGCCUUCAAUAUGUGGCUUAUUCGUUGUAUGCCUUUCACCUACAUCCAGAAGGUGGUAGACACCUUGGAAGAAGUCGCAGACUGCCUCCGAAAGUCACCGAGUCUUUGGAAAAAAGUUGAGGAGAAAAUUUUUUCUGUUUAUGGGCACAUAAAAGGGGAGGUGGACAGAAUUAAAGAGGCUUGUCAGAACCGCUGGGAAUGUGGCGUUGAUGCAUUUCAGACCAUGUUAGACCUUUUGGAGCCGUUAUUGCGCUGCAUUAAUGAUACAAGUGCAGGUGAUCCAGAUACUGUAGAACCGAUUGCCCGUUUGAAGCCAGUACUGAAGGACUUCAAUUUCAUUAUCACGCUAGUUGUUUUAAAAAAUACACUUUGCUGUGUAAGCAUCCUCAAUCCUAGCCUCAAAGGAACAAUAAGCAUCAGUAGUACUUUGCAGUAUACUAUUUCUAAUGCCUUAAAGCUGCUCAGUAAACAACUUCAGGAGCUUGCGAUUUUCCAUAGAAAAUGGUUCUCUGAUGCCAUAAGUAGGGCGAAGAAGCUUGGUGUGGAAGUCUCCCUGCCGGAGUGUGAUGGACAAAGCAAGGAACAAAUGGUUCUAAGCUCACCAGAAGACUAUUACCGGGAGAUGCUGAGUGCUCAAGUCCUGCAGUACCUCACUGAACAAGUGAAGAAGGUGUUCAGCACCGAGAUGGUCAGGAUCCUCCGAUGGCUGUCCUUGGUGCCCUCUUACAUGGCCGACCACAAUUUCAGCAUCCGCAAGGACAAAGUGGCAGAUGCGAACCUGAACAACCUUGCCAGGCCAGAUUCGUUCUAUGAUGAACUUGGCUGUUGGGAGGUGAAGUGGAGACAUGCCAGCAAGCGCAGGAUUCUGCCCACUACAGUUUUUGGAACCUUGAAAAUACCAGAUAUCGGAUUUUAUCCCAAUGUUCAAAGCCUGCUUAAGGUCUUAGGUACCAUUCCUUGUGUGAAUGCGGAAGCUGAUGUGUAUGGACAGUAUGAUAUGGUGUUGGACCGAUACCACUCCUACCUUCAUGCCACACCAGAGGACCAGAGACUGUCCAACAUGGCAUUUGUCUACGUCAACCAAGAUGUUCAUUUCAGCAUUGAGGAGAUGGUUGAAUGCUUUGUGAAGAAGCAUCCAGAAAUUUUGCAGUUAUUGCAUAUGGAAGAUGAUGUACUUGAAACCCAAGUUACAGAGGAUGGAGGGAGAGAUGCAUCAAAAGAGGAGCCAGAGGAAGCACCGGUGAUGACAUUCAGUGUGGAGCCUGAGAAAAUGGACAGCUCUGAGUGCAGGGAGGCUGAUAAGGAAACACUGAAGGAUGCGCUGCGGACAGCAGUGACAGCAGCCUGCUGUGGCCAAAGCAAGCAUUCUGGCAAUGCCUCUGAGCAGGGGGGUGAGGUCGAAUACGUUUCUAAAUCGGAGAUGAAGGAAGUUCUCUGCGUGUGUGAGAAUUCCGUGAGGGAAGGAAUUCUCUCUGAGGUGGGAAAUUCGUUUUUCUCCCUUUUCAUUGAUCGAGUUGUGAAGCUGGGCAAUAGGGAGUAUCUCCCUCUUUUUCUCAGGUUUGUUGAUAGUUUUGAUGUCAUGAGGUUGGAGCUGAUGGGAUUUCUGGAGGCAGAUCUUGAUUGUGAUUCCAUGGUGGAGCGCCUUUUUGAUAUUGUGACUAAGGAGUGGCACCUUGAUUUUAAGUGCUGCAGGGGCCAGGCCUAUUUAGGAUCAGGUGAUGUUUCUUAUAAGCUGAAGGCUUUUGCAUGCAAAAUUCAGGAGAAAUACCCACUUGCAAUCUGCACACAUAGCUCUUGCUAUUCUUUUAAUACCUGGUGGUCAAAGUCAAUACCUGUUCCUUCCAUCACAAGAGCACUGGAGACAAUGGAGGAGGUUAUAUUGUUUUUCAGCAGUGAUACUGUGCUGGAAAAGCAGUUGGACCAAGUGCUAGCUCUUGGUCUUAGAGAGAGCUAUGAAAAAAUUCAAGAACUACAGGGAAAAUUCUGUUCUAUUUGGCUUGAGAUGCAUGAUUCAUAUGAGGUUUUUGUACAGAUCUUAGAGCCAUUAGUUGACUGUUUGGAGAAAAUCAAGAACAAUAAACCACAAAGGUGGAAGGCCAACCAUUCAGAACAAGCAGCAAGGUUAUUGUGGUUGAUCAAGGACUUUGAUUUUAUUGUACCAAUGGUAGCUCUGAAGAAUGCCUCCUCCUUUACUAAAGAACUUAGUUCAGGACUCCAAAAAGAUCACUUUAGUGCUGCAUCUCAGCUUUGCCAGAUAAGCGGCAUUGUGGCCACCCUCAAUAGGGUGAAAACCAACAUCAAGGUGUUCCAUCAGAAUUGGUUUGAUGAGGCAUGUGCAGUAGCACAAAGCCUUGCCGUCCAGAUCAAAGUGCCUGAUAGUAUUUGCACACCCAGGGAUGGCUUGCAGAAACCAGCUGCUUUCUACAAAGAUGCACUCAGUGUUCCUCUUGUGGACAACCUCAUCAGUGCAGUGAAGGAUCAUUUCUCAGAUCACCACAAGGAGGCCUUGAAUUUCCUCUCUCUGGUCCCUUGUUCUGUAACUGUGAGCUACAUGUUUGAAAAUCUAAAGUCAAAGCCUCCACUGUAUAGUAGUGAUCUUCCAGACCCAGACAACUUCUUUACAGAACUGUGCUGUUGGAGGGUAAAGUGGAAGACCAAGGUAGUGAGCGUAGCCAUUCCCAGCACCAUUUUUCAGACACUUCGUCUGCCAGUGAUGCAAUACUUCGGGAACAUUAACACUCUCCUGAGGAUCAUGUGUGUGUUACCCAGCACAGCUUUGGAGAACUGUGGAGAUUCUAUGCCCCACAAGAUUUUUCAGGACUACCUUAAGGAAACCCCAAGUAAGGACAGGUCUCCGUUUUUGGCCAUGUUGCAUGUGGGAACCAAUUUCAGCAGGGAUUUGGACAGGAUGGUCACUCAGUGCAUGAAGAUCACCCCAAAGGCACUAGAGGGCCUCUGCUUGGAUAAAGAAUCCAAAAGUUUGAAAAACACAGAGACAAAUAUGGAAGUUGAUAAAGAUGGAAUAGAGGACUCUGAAAUUUUACAACCAACAGAGCAAAAGGUAGACCAUCCUUCAAAGUUGGUGGGUGAGAAUGGCCAUUCUGGAGACUACAGGCAGACGUUGGAAAUUGUGUUCAAACAAGCCAUACAGCUGGGAAGAAGAAAGUGUCUUUUUUCAGAAUUACCUAAGGAAGAACAACAACUGGUGCAGCAAGAGCUCAGCAUGUGUCACUGGGGAGGAAGAGAUGGAGAACACAUCAGCAACACUAACACUGAUGAAAUUCUCUCGAUUCUUAUAGAUUCCGUUAGAAAAGUAGUUCUUUCUGAGGUUCGGGCAUCGCCGUUUUUCUCUCUCAUCACAGACAAAGUUGCUGCAAUUGCAGGUAAAAAAUACCUGCCCAUAUUCGUAAGGUACGUUGCAGAUUGCGUACCCAAAGUCGAAUUGUUAGGUUUCCUGCCCUUUGAUGAAAAAUGUGACCAUGAUGUGCAAGCAAAGUUCUUUGAGGCGAUUCUUACAGAAGACUGGGGCCUUCAAAUGAACUACUGUCGUGGACAAGCAUACAUGCGAUUUGAUGCUGGCAGUGCAAGCCUUAAGAAGCUAUCUUUUAAUAUUUUGGAAAGAUAUCCCAUGGCAGUGAACACCCCGAGUGAGUCCUGUGGGCUUGCGUAUUGGCUAGUGGGAGGUUUGCCUUGUACUGCUGUUACCAAAGUGCUGGACAUAGUGGAGGACCUGCUGAUGUUUUUUGACCAGUGCCCCAAGUUGGAAGCAGAGUUGGCACAGGCUGUGGAUGAGCUGCUGAACACACCAAGGGACGCCCUAGCUGAAGGUCCAGAAACCUGCUGUUCCCGAUGGAAAAAGAGAGAAGACUUUUUUGACAUACUGGUAGACACUUUAGAUGGUGUCCUCAGAUGUUUGGAUUCAGUGAGUACCAACAUUGGGGGAGUGUGGACAAACACCAUGUCACUGCAUGCUCGCAUGCUUUCAGUAGCAGUAAGAGAGGCUGAUUUUGUCAUCAUGCUGGUGAUACUGAAGAGCACCUGCUCCCCCAUAAGGAACUGUAGCACAGUGUUUCGAUGUGGUAACCCUGCUGACAUCAUCUGCGAGAUAGAUAAGAUUGUUCCAAUCAUUGAGUGUCUAAGUAACACAUUAGAGAAUAUUAAUGUGGUACAUACACCCUGGUUUGAGGAAGCAACUCAGCUGGCCACCAGAAUUGCUGCUUCUCAAAUCAACUUUCCAGCAGAAUCUAGCAGCUUCAGUUCACCUGAAAACUAUUACAAGGAGACUUUGACCAUUCCUUUGCUGAGCGGUCUCAUAGAAGAGAUGAAGUACAACUUUUCUGAGAUCCACUUGAAGGCUCUAAAGGUUUUGUGUCUGCUUCCAACUUGCAAUCCACAGGAUAUGGUCUCUGAAAACCUACCAAGUAUGUAUCAGAUUGACCUUCCAGAAUCUGAUGUACUUGAACAGGAUAUCACUAACUGGGCAGGGGUUUGGAAAGAGAAAUUUCAGGAUGUUUCACCGCCAGCUUCUGUGUCCGAGACCUUGCUCCAUCCUGAAUCAAAAAGCCACCCCAAUGUUAGCACUCUGCUGAAAGUAGUUGCGGUGCUGCCAAGUGUGAGCAUGGAAUGUGAUCUUAUGAAAACGACUUUAAAUUCCAUGAGGGCUUUCCUCAGAACUGGUACCAGUAAACACAGCAAAACAGACAUUGCUAUGCUUCAUAUGUAUCAUGCAACUAUUCAACCUCUGGAGGACAUUGUUAGCAGGUGCAUUGACGUGCACCCAGAAGGACAGGCACUGAUUCAUCAGUUACAAAAGAAGAUCAGAAGCCUGCAGCUUGAAAGUGAAUUCAGCACGGUGGAGAGCAAUCCCGAGGAGACCAUUGAGCUACAGCUGGCCUUGAAUAACACUGCUAAAUUGUACGCAGUGGGUGAGCAGCACGCAGUGGACGACAGAUUAGGUCAGAAGCAGACUGUGUCCUUUUAUUGUCCCUCCGUGCGAGAAGAAAUCCUCAAGGAGCUAUGGGACUCACAGUUUUUUGCAGUCAUUACACAGCAGGUGGUAGAAGUAGAUGCUGUGUCCUACAUCCCUGUGUGUGUCAGGUACUUGGACAAACAGGACGUUCAGUGUGAGGAAACCCUUGCUCUCAUCCCCUUCAGCUCAGAUCCUGUAGCCUUUGCAAGCACCAUGGAGAUGGCACUGUCUGAGAAAUGGGGGCUGAAUAUGGAGUUCUGUAGGGGACAGGCCGUGUUGAGCACUGGAAAUGUCGGCUCUAAGAUGAGAGCCGCGUCUGCUGUUGUAUCCAAGAAAUACCCGAUGGCUGUACGCACAGCCAGUUCUGCUGUAUCUCUGAACGUGUGGCUUGCCAGAUCCCUUCCUGAUGUGAGUAUGGCUCGCUGUGUGGUCACUGUAGAAGAGAUGCUGAAAUGGUUGUCAGAGGGUGCUCUUCAGGCCAAGCUGGAGGACAUGAUCACCUGGACCUUCCGUCAGGACGAAGGAAAGGCAAACGAGCUGAGGGACAAGCUGGGCAGUGACUGGUGCAGGAGCCACAAUGUUUUUGAAGUUGUGGUAGAGCUUCUGGAAGUAGUGAUGCAUGUUUUAUAUGAAGUGAUGAGAAGUACAGAGAAUGACUGCCAGUGGGGCCAGGCCCAGCUCUUGUCCAGCGUUAUCAGAGAUUUUGAGUUCAUUUUUACAAUUACGGUACUGAAAAACAUCUUGGGCAUUACCAAAAACCUUAGUCAGAGUCUUCAGGGCAAGCCCUUGGAUAUGGUGACAGCUGUCAAUUGCUUGCCUGCUGUCCUGGCUUCCUUGAAUGAGGUAAAGUUGGGCAUGAGUGUUCACCACGAAGCCUGGUUCAGAGAAUCCAUGGAUCUCGCUGCAAAGCUGCAUGUUAAACUGUUGCAUCCUGGGCUUCAGAACGCGUUGAGAGAUCAUUACAGAAACAGUGUGAGCCUGAAGGCAGUGGAGCACUCUAUUGCUGAGGUCACCGAGCUCUUCUCAGACCACACCUUGAGUGUCUUCAGAUGUCUGACAAUUGUGCCUUAUGUCAUGUCCAGAAUGGAGGACAGCUGCCCGGAAAAUGAAAUAAUCAGCGUCUUCAAAGAGGACCUUCCUGACGCGAGCUCACUAUCCAGUGAGGUAACAACAUGGAGAAGGAAGUGGACUGACUCCAUGGGUGGCUACUUGCCCGCCACCGUGCUGGAUACUCUGAAGCUUUUUGACAUAAGGUGCUUUGGCAAUAUUGAAACGCUCCUAAGGGUGCUGGUUGUGCUACCGUUUGCACGGAAGGAGAGCACUUUCAGACAAGCAAGAAGGAGCCUUCAGGAAUUUUUGCAACAGAAGACGAGGUCCCUCUCAGAGCUCUAUCCUCUAUAAACUAUUUCUGCAUUGCCCUUGAGAGCCCACAUGUCCAAGUAGGAUUACAUUAGGAUGUUAUGUACUGCUGAUCCAUCUUGUCUAGAUUUUAGAUUUAACCUAACUUUAAGUUUUGUUUUUUUUUUUUUUUUAAAUGAAAGAUUCACCAGGUUGGUAGAGCUUCAAAUAGUCCCCCCUCCCCCUGAAUCAUGUUUUUUGUUUAUGUUGAACAUGGAAGACUGCCUAAUGGGACCAAUAAAUUGCCAAAAAUUUGCCCAUGAUGGGCUACUAAUGUUUGUGUGCCUUAAGUCUUUGUGCAUCUUUAAUGUCAGCCCCGGUCACGAGGAAUGAAAUGUAUUUAAAUAAGAGUGGCAGUCCCUUCAGGCUUUGUCAGGAUGCUUGGGAUCUUUUGGAGCCAACCACAGAACACAAUGUUCUGCAUCAGGAAAGCUAUGAUAAUUAUGCGCAUCAGAAACUGUCAAACAGGGAAAGGAAACAAAAACUGUCAGCAGCAGAGCUUUUGGUUGUGUGUGCAGUAAUCACUAGGAUGCUUUUCCUUGUUUCAUCCUUGGUUAGAAGGCACAAAUCAAAAUGCUUUAUCAUGUAGGUGUUUCACUAUUCUCCUAAAUCACUUUUGUCUCUUAAGGGAGUAAGACUUAAUUUGUGUGCUUCUUUAAAUGCCCCUAAGAAGUAAGCAUUCAUAUAUAUUUGUCAAAUAAAGCAGAGUUUGAAUGAAACUGGUUUGUCCUUUUCCUUGAAAUAUUUAGCGAGAUGUGAAGCUAGUGCAUUAGAUGGUAAGCAGCCACUAGAGGGCAUGAACACGCUGUUGUCUACGUGUACCCUUGUGAAUAUAAACACACGAUUUCACACUUUCAGUCUUAAAAAGUAGGUUUGCUUUAAUUAUUGGACUUAAAUGGAAC